AUGGGUUCCGAAAAUAGAGAUAGACUUAGCAGCUUGCCAGAUGACGUUCUUUCUCACAUACUCGAUUUAAUCCCUACCAAAUUGGCUGUUCAGACCAGUAUUUUGGCCAAAAGGUGGAGGCAUAGUUGGAAAUAUGUCACAAAACUUCACUUUGAUGAUAUGCGCUCUUUUACUAGUUUAGAUAGCUUUACCAAGUAUGUUGAUCAGGUACUCAAGCUUUACAAGACAACCCAUGUUAAGUCAUUCCGUUUAGACUGUGAAAUGUUGGUUCCAAGUGCUACUACUUUAAAGUGGAUUGACGAAGCUAUCAGGCUAAACGUUUCCGAGCUUGAAAUACAUCCUAUCCCCCUUGAGUUACAUCGUCCGUUCGUUUGUAAGACACUCACAAGAUUAGCCUUGUGUUGGGAAGAUCGGAACAUCACAUUUCCCAUUGAUCUCCCUCUUUUGAAAACUCUUGAUAUCAAGGUUUAUUCAAAUCCGAAUCUUAAUGCAUUUAAAAUUAUCCGUGGCUGUCCGUUACUUGAAAGUUUUUCUCUACAUGUAUUUCAAGACUUGGGCGAUGAAGAGUACUACUUUAAUAUUCCUACUUUGAAGUGUUUGGAGUUGAACAGUUUUAGAGGAAUAUACAUUAAAAAAGUUGUGCUAAACGUCCCUAAUCUUGAAGAGCUCUUUGUUUCUGGGCGUUUGUGGUCACCUGUUGUGAUGGAAAAUUUCCCGACUCUGGUUUCCGUGACACUUUCAUGUUCUCGUGGACCUGAACUUGAUCAGUCAUGGGUUGAACUUCUAACAGGAUUAAGUGGAGCAAAAUCAAUUUCGAUGCGUAUACUUGGUAAUAAUCCAUCCAUAUCACCUAUGCCCAGAUUUCUGAAUUUGAAGCACUUUGAGUUCAGGGCUAAUUAUUCUUAUCCAUUGGAUUGGCUAUUAAUCAAUCAAAUUAUUGAAAGCUCUUAUGAGUUGGAGCAUUUAUGUAUUAAAAAGAAACCCAAACAUCCUUUUUUUGAUGAGCGUGAAGAUUCUUGUUGGAUUGACCCGCAGUCAGUUCCGGCUUGUAUGCUAAAUAACCUUACAAGCAUAAAGUUUGUAAAUUUCAAAGGGCAGCAAUCGGAUAUACCGUUUAUGGCAUACAUGUUGGGGAAUGCACGAGUUUUGAAGACAGUGACAAUCAUGUGGGAUAGCAUUCCCCUGGAGGAAGAAUUGCAAUUAAAGGCAGAGUUGUUGAAGCCUCCACGGGCAUCAAGGUAUUGUGAGAUUCAUUUUAUUGCAAGUGGGUCUCGUUCUACAAGUACUUAGUUUGGUGAAAAGAAGACUGUCUAUAAUAUGCAGUGAACGGUACUGUGUGGUUUGGUCUGCAUCUAUGUUUAUGAUUGACGAAAGACUAUUUAGUUGUGGUUUGAUAUUAUACAAGAAAUAUUCAACGUGGAAAACAGUACUACAUUACAUUAUAUGUUUU